AUGAACGAGAAUGUUUUUGAUGAUAUAAAAAAGGAACUAAACUUCUGUAAAUACAUGAAUUAUGCUCAUAUAAUAAUGUCUUUUUUUGGAUUUUUAGGCUACAUGGCUCGAAAGGUAUCUCUUAUAUAUAUAGUUUGAUUAAAGAUUUUCUUCACUUUAUUCAUAAAUGUGAUUUCCAUAAUAUUAUCUAUUGUAGGUUAUUAAGCAAUAGAAGAAAUAAAUAAAUAGAAAAUAAUAGUAUAUGCAGUUUGUACUAGUUCACUAUUUGGAAUGGUUUUACUUUAUGAAAUAAUUGCAGAUUUGUUUUCAGAAUCAUAUGUAUCAAUUAAGAUUAUUUUAGUAAACUGAAGCACCUCCAUAAUCAUUUGUAUUUUUAGUUAUAACUUUGCCUUAUUUAAUAGAUUUAGCAAGUGGUCUAAUGAGUUUAAAAUUAUGUUAUACAUUCUAAAAAUAUGAGGAUUUAGAAUUUAAAAGAAAAUAUAAUGUAUAAUGUAUAACUGAAUUCAUUUAGUAAAUCUUAAUAGUAGAGAAAGGAAAAGAGAAAAAUUAUAAAGAAGAAUCAUAUUUAGCAGAUGAAAUGUGUGCUAUAUGUUUGAGUGAAAAAAGGAAUAUAAUAUUUUAUCGUUGUGGACAUAAGGUUUGUUGUAAGAAAUGUUCAGAAGCAUUAAAAAAAAGAAAUUGUCCAAUAUGUAGAGCAGAUAUCUAAGAUUGUAUUAAAGAAUAUGAUGUCUGA